AUGAAUGAAACUAUAAAAGAAGAAGAAGAAAUUAAAUAUUUAAAAGAAAAUAAUGAAUAUAGUAAAUUAUUCUAUAAUAGACAACAAUUUGAAUAUUUAAAAAAAAGAUAUCCAACCAUAGAGGAAUUUAAUGAAGUUAAAUUUUCAUUCACUCAUUUUCAACAUAAAUUAACAGGUAAUCAUUUACCUAUAGUUUUAAAAUAUUUAAACGAUAAUCCAAUUGUUACAAAUCAAAUCAAAGAAUAUUUGGUUGAUAUAUUUAAAAACUCUGGUGUAAUAUCAUAUGAUGAGUCAAUUAGAAUAUUCAAUUUAUUGAAACAAAAAGAGUCAAUACCAUCAAUUAGAUAUUUUAGUGCAGCUUAUUUUAUAAUUUAUCAUCAACAUAAAUUCUCUCAUUAUAUUUGUAAUGAUGAUUAUUCAAAAUAUAUAAUUGAUAUAUUCUUUGAUUCAUCAAUUCAAGUUUUUAAUUUAUUAAAUUAUUUAUCUUUAUUUUUAAAUUUAAAAUCAAAUUUUAAUUUAAUUUUUCAAAUUUUAAAUGAUAAUAGAUUAAACCAAUUUAUAAAUAAUUAUAAAAAUAAAAAAAAAAUAUUAAGAAUUAAAAUUGAUACAAUUAUUUCAAUUGCUAAAAACAUUGAUUAUGAUUGGGAUAAACAGUUUCAAAUUGUUGAUAAAAUUCAAUUAAAUGAAAAUCAAAAAUUAUUUUUAAAAAUAUUCAAAAGCAUAUUAAAAGAGUAUUCAUCUGAAAUAUUAAUUAAAAAACCAUUUCAAUAUUCUUCAAAAAGAUAUGAUUAUGAAAUUAUUAAUGUUAAUAGAGAAUUAUCAAUUAAUGAUAAUGUUGUUGGAACAAUAACAACAACAACAACAACAGAUCCAUCAUUACCAUUACCACCAAUGAAUUUUCAAUUUAAUUUAGACAAUGUUUUAUUAUCAAAAAUUAUAGAUUUAAUAAUUUAUAAUAAAUAUUUUAAUAAUAAUAAUUAUAAUGAUAAUAAUAAUGAUAAUUAUUUUACACCAAUUAAAAUUAAUAUUAAUUUAUCAUUAAUUAAUAAACAAUGGUUUAAAGUAUUUAGAAAGAUAAUAAAUAGAUACCCAAUUCAAUGGUUUAAUAAAAUUAAUUUAUCAUUUUCAUUAUUGAAUGAACCACCAUUAUUUAUUGAUUAUGAAUCAAUUAGAUAUUUAGAAUGGAAUAAUAUUAGUGACCAAUUUUCAAGAGUUGAAGAAUUAAGAAUUGAUUGUGAUAUUCAACAAACUAAAGAAACUAAACUAUCAAGAGAUUAUAUUAAUGGUACAAAUUUAAAUAGUUUCAAUAGUUGUUACACUGAAAGGAAUUAUUUAAUAUAUCCACCAAGAAUGGUAAAUUUAAAAAGAUUAAUCAUUUCAAAUUAUAUAGGUUAUAAUAAUAUUAGUUCAGCUGGCUAUCAUAUUGGUACUGCUUAUCAAAUUAUUAAUUAUAAUGAUUUAAUUAAUCAUUUAGCAAUUAAUGGUAAUUAUAAUUAUGAUGAAAUAAAUAAUGGUUCAACUUUAUCAUCAUCAUCAUUAGAAUUUAUUUGUAUUAAAUUUUCAAAAGAAUCACCAAUUACACCAUUUUGGUAUGAAUUUUCAUUUUUAAAAACUUUAUUAGAUUAUCAUUCAAAAACAUUGAAAACAAUUCAAAUUCAAUUUUAUUUUAGUAGUCAUAGAUUAAUUGGUAUAAUGGAUUUUAAUUCAUUGUUUUUACCAUUUAAUGCUUUUUCAAGUUACUUUUCAAAUUAUCCAAAUAUUAACUUUGAAUUCAUUAUAAUGGAUACUCAAAAUUUAUUACACACACAAUUAAAAAUACCAAAUGAAUUUCAUAAUAUUUUUAUUGAUAAAAAAAGAAUUUUAUUAACAAAUAAUGAUUUUAAUUUAAAUAAUAUUAAAAUUUUUAUAUAA